CCCCGGCGCGCGCGGCAGCAUUUAGACUGCGUAGGGCAGCUUCCUUUCGGUGCCUGCUUUCCGCUUCUCCUCGCUGCUUCUCGCUCCUCCGCCUCGCGCAGCAUGUCGGGCCGCGGUAAGACCGGCGGCAAGGCCCGCGCCAAAGCCAAGUCGCGGUCGUCUCGCGCCGGCCUGCAGUUCCCCGUGGGCCGCGUUCACCGGCUGCUGCGGAAGGGCCACUACGCCGAGCGGGUCGGGGCCGGCGCGCCCGUGUACCUGGCGGCCGUGCUCGAGUACCUGACGGCCGAGAUCCUGGAGCUGGCGGGCAACGCGGCCCGCGACAACAAGAAGACGCGCAUCAUCCCGCGCCACCUGCAGCUGGCCAUCCGCAACGACGAGGAGCUCAACAAGCUGCUGGGCGGCGUGACGAUCGCGCAGGGCGGCGUGCUGCCCAACAUCCAGGCCGUGCUGCUGCCCAAGAAGACGAGCGCGGCCGUGGGCCCCAAGGCGCCGGCCGGCAAGAAGGCCACGCAGGCCUCCCAGGAGUACUGAGGCCGCCGCCCCACCACAAAGGCCCUUUUAAGGGCCACCACCGCCUCGCGGAAAGAGCUGAGCCGCCCCCGCCCGCCGCCCUCCCCGCUCCCGGCGCUGCCCCGGCCGCCCUGCCCUUGGAGCGGCCGGCGGGCCGCGGCCCUGACGCAGCGCCGCCGCGGCCCGGGCCGUGCAGUCCUCCGGCUCUGCCGCCGGAGACUCGGACCCUCAGGUGUGCGCCGCCACCCCGGGCGCCAGGUCCCGGCCUUCCCACCCGCUCCCCUGCGGCCUCCGGGGCCCGCGGCCCGGACCCGGCGCCGGCCUGGCCUCGCCCCGCGGCAGACACCGGCACGUCCGGGGCCCCCACCCGGGCCCGGCCUCGUUGGUCUCCGAACGGAAUUUAGCUAACCCACCCAAGAGCAGGUACUGGAAGUUUCAGAUGGACUAGUUUUGUUUAUUAAAGGAUUUUUUAAGAAA